UCAAUAUUUUGACACAAGUUUUUGUUUAUUUUGAUUUAGACACAAUUCUAGCAAAAAAUGCUCAUUUUACAACGAAAUCGCCUCAGUUCACAAAAAAAACAAAAAAAUUGAAACUCAACGACUUGGAAAUUACAUAAAAUGCCACUAAAAAUGGGAAUGAUGAAGACCAUUGCUGUCUUUUUACUGCUUUUUGCCACUGUCUCAUCGUUAGGCAUUACAAAAGAUAUCGCAAUAAUUAUUUUAAGUCAGCCGAACGAACACCACCUGAAAAUCGCUGAAAAUUUAAAGAAGGAACUCAACGAACAAGCCGAAAGCUUGCAGCAGGAAAAACCGGUCGUUUAUCUCUCACAUAAAGAUUUUCCGCAUGUCGGCCAUUGGACCAUUCUUCCAAUGAUUCCGCAACUUUACGCUUUAUACAAAGACAAUACUUCGUGGUUUUUCUUCGCUGAAGAUCGAACUCAAAUCAAUCUUGCCAAUCUACGAAAAGCUUUGAGUAAAUACGACCCAAAUAAGCCAUUAUGGCUCGGGCAUUCUUUACACGAUAUUGAAGCUACCAUCAUUCAUCAUUUCGCGUUCUAUGACAAUCCGAAGAAAUUCAAAUUUCCGAAUCCUGCGUCAGGUAUAGCCGUUUCAAGAAAUUUGCUCAAAAGACUAGCCGACAGGUUGGCUCAACAAAAAACCCCACAAUCCGAUUUUGGAAUAGACAAUGCUCACGAAUUCGCACUUUUUGUAUGGAAUAAAGGUCUUGGAGAAGUUUUAACGAAUGAACCGAUUUUUUGUAUCACGCAACACGAGGAUUGUGCCACUUUCCCAAAAACAUUCCAACAAUGUGGCGAUUUAGUUGAGAAAGAGUCGAUUUAUUUCGCGGUGAAAACGUGUGGGAAAUUUCACAAAGACAGAGUACCAGUGGUACUACAAACAUGGGCCCAACAUGUCGCCACCAUUGAAUUUUUUAGUGACAUUGCAGAUGAUUCAAUCCCGACCGUUAAUCUGGGAAUCCCCAACACCGAACAAGGCCAUUGUGCCAAAACUCUCGCAAUCCUCCACCACAUCCGCAAGAAAAUCACACCACAAAUCAAAUGGAUUGUAUUAGCCGACGACGAUACCAUUCUAGGAGUUUCCAGAAUGCGACAAGUACUCACGUGUUACAAUUCCACCAAUCCGGUGGCUUUGGGUGAACGCUACGGUUAUAACGUCUACGAUUCCAGAGGUUACAACUAUAUAACCGGUGGAGGUGGGAUGGUUUUUAGUAAAGCGUUAUUAGAAAAAUUAACAGAACCUGGAAUUUGCGAAUGCCCGUCUAUAAACACCCCAGAUGAUAUGUUUCUAGGGUUAUGUAUUGCCAGUUUGGGUGUGAGUGUGACGCACUCGCCUCUUUUUCAUCAGGCAAGACCAGUGGAUUAUCCUCCUCAGUAUUUGCAAACAAAGGAUGCUGUGUCGUUUCAUAAACAUUGGAUGAUUGAUCCCUUCAAUGUUUAUAAUAAAUGGUUUGCAGAAGAUGACAAAAAAGUUCGUGAUGAAUUGUAAUAUUUUUGAUACUGUAUUAAUUUUGAUAAUAUAGUUUAUUUAUUGCU